AUGGAAGAUGAGAUCUACCAUCCGGAACACCAGAAUUUCACCGUUGACGUCAAAAUGGGCAUAGAUGAGAAAAAUUCUACACUCUUGGAUGCCCAGUGCGAACGGCAAGGUGAUGAUGGUCAUCCGAUCGUUGUCGACUAUGGAACACUGAUAUGCACGUCAUUUGCAGGGUACACUGUUAUGGUCGCAUCGAACACAGAACCUUAUUUUCUCGGGUACUUUCUGGGGUUCACUGAUUGUGAUCGGCCCGUCGAUGCUCAUCUGGCAUCGUUGCUCACCACGUAUCGUGCUUAUAACCGCAAUGAUUUCAUACGCCGUGGUGACCUUUGCCACGCCCUUUCUGGCUGUCCAUCUUGGUCCUAUCGCCGUCUUCACUGCACGAGUCUUUCAUGGGAUUCGGAG